UACCAAUCAAGUCCCUCGUCGAGGCUGUGUCGAGGCCAGAGGCAAUCACUUGCCCACGACGCUCCCAGUACCUCCCUCGCUUUCUUUUCCUCCCCACCCCUCUCACCGCGAUGUCGAGUCAACUCCUCGCGCUGCUCAAUGGCUCGGGGAUGUCAGCAUCAUCGUCCUCCCCGAGCGCCCCUGCCGAUUCGUCCCCAUCCGCUCCUGCUCCGCCUCCAUCUCGUUCGCCCACGUCAGCUCGUAAUGCUGCAAGUCUGCUACAAGGUCUGCUUGGUGGCACUGGUGCCGCUCCCGAGCUGAUCAGCACGACCAGCACGACGAGCACCAACAGUCAGCCUCAAGCCAGUUCUCCAGCCCCGGCUCAGCCAGAGACGGCAUCGGCCAUGCUCCUUGGCCUCCUCUCGCCGCCAAAGACUCAGCCUGCCGGCCAGUCUGCCACCCAGCCAGCAGUCACGCCUAGCCCUCAGGGAUCCAUUCCGACCGCCUCGCCGCCGCCAGCUACUCCCUUCAACUUCCAGAGUCCAUUCGAGAGUCUCGGCCUCAAGGCCUCCUCCCCACGUCAGCAACUCAGCGUCAAGAGUCCAGCAGCAAUCCCUGCUCCUCAGCCUCAAGCAGGAUCAUUUGUUCAGAGCGACAUCUCGACCAGCUUGGAGGCACCAUCCACGUCUGCCGCUUUCUCUGCAGCCGCGACUGAGCCUGAGCAGAGAGUCACCCCAGCUCAGCCGUCGUAUGACCUCAAGACGUCUGGCUCGUCCCCCGCGCGUGCGCCCGGGGCAGAGGCCAGACCUACCGCCCACCUCUCCCUCGCCGAGCUUCACGCUCGCGGCGCCUUCAACGACGCCUCCACAUCCGGCUACUCUGCUCUCGAUGCUACCUCUACUCGCAUCGACCUCGCCGCCCUUCAGCCAGGUGGCGUCGCGUCUUUGCACCCUGCAAAGCUUGAGACGGUCGGCUACAUGGGGAGCAAGCGUGCAAAGCCAGUCGAGCCCUUCAUCAGUGGUCCUCUCGCAGUAGACGGCGCUACGACGGCUGCAUUUCAGAUUCCACGUGUGGCCAAUCUCAGUGACGAUACCGCCGUCUGGAUCUCGUCCAAGGGUCGCAUCCACCUCCUCAAUAGCUCGACAACCGACCGCGUGACCCUCGAGGAUCUCGACCAGGAAGCCGUUGGCGGCAUCUGGAUCACGCCCGACGAAGAGCUCAGCGAAGGAGACCAGCGCCAGUGGAUUGUCGCAGGCUCGACAGCCAAGGGGCUCAGCUUCUGGACGAUAGUCGAGGGCGAUCAGUACGACACCACAUUCCUCGGCACACUGCUCCUCGCGGGCGAGACUGUCGAGAACGGCGGCGUGCAGGACUUUAGCUGGAUCACUUCGAUGCGCACCAGCGAGCCACGUCUCCGUGCUGCCUGGCUCGUGGGCAGCUCCCAGUCUUCGGACAAUGCUUCUGUCCUCUUGCGCGACUUUUCCAAUCUCGUCAAACUCUUUGACCAGACGCAGAAUCUCAAGCUCACUCACAAGCAGGCCCUGUCCAAGGGCGUCAUCGAGAUUGUUCCUUCCGACGACACACCCAUCGCGGGCCAAGCCUUCUCACCCGACGCUUCCCUCUUCUUCACCCUCCGUGCCCACGCUCAUUCGCGCUCCCUCUCCAUCGUCUACGAGUCCGCCUCGACUGGCAAGACGCGUGCUGCGCUCGGAACGAUCAGGCUGGACCCUCUUCCCACGUCAUCGGCUCCGCCAGCCGUCAGCUUCUUUGCACUCAUCAACGACCCCAACUACGACUUGGCCGCUACGACUUCCUCUAAUUGCCCUCGCGCGGCCAUCAUCGGCCUAGCGCGCAACACCAUUGUAGGGCUGGUGGACCUGGCAAAGGGCACUUGGCACCACGUCUGGCACUUUGAAGCCCCCUCGCCCCACUACAACUUCAUCGAGUACCACCGCGACACGGCUACGCUGCUCAUCGCCAACAGCUAUCGCGGGUCGGUCUUUGCACACCGCUUCGCAGUCCUCGAGCUGCCUCACGCCAACAUCAGCAGCGGCGGCGGUGGAGGAGCAAGCGCGCGCGGCAGGAGGGGUCCUCGUGAGCGCGAAGAAUCUGGACUCACCGAGGCCAAAGUCUUCCGCAAUCGUCUCGCCGUCGUCGGUCGACUGCCCUGGAGUGUCGAGCUCCCGGCUAAGUUGCGCGAGUUCCCCCUCACCGUGAGCCCCACGUCGAUUAGCGUCGUAGGAGAGUCGUUGAUCAGCUUUGUAGUCUUUGUUGCUCAUUCGCUCGGCGUGAUGAGCGUUUCGCUGCCACCGCUGGAGAAGGAGAGCGAGAAGGCGUUUGUCGAGAGGACGGAGCGAGAGGAGCGAGAGGAGCGGGAGGCGGCCGAGAUUCGCGCGGAGACUCGCGACGACACGCUCGCAGAGACGCUGACUGUGGACAACACUACGGCUGACGUGACGGAGGUCGAGGACAACGUGGGUCAGGCUGCGGAGGACGGCGCUCGCACCAGCUUGCAGCCCGGCCAGCCCAGCGACAAUGUGAACGGCGGCACAUCUCACCAUGCCUGGGGCCAGGCUGAUGCUUCCACCACGGGCACACCCUCAGUCGACAUGCCCGCACUCAUCGCCUCUCUCGAAUCCCGCCUCGACGCCAAGCUCACCACUCUCCUCACCAACGCUACCGAGCAUUCUCGCCCCUCGUCGACCCCACUACUCAGCCCAUCAGCCCUCUCCGCCAUAGCAAGCGAAGUGGCUCACACGCUCUCUGGCCAACUCACCGAUCUCGUUAUUCCCGAAGUCCGCUCCUCACUGCGCUCCCUCGUCCAGCCCGAAGCCCUGCGCGAAGCCUUGCGCCAGGCAGCUGAACAAGAGAUGGCCGGCAACGCAGAGGCCAUCGAGCACAUCACUCGCUCCACGAUUGAUAGGCUGGAGAGCUCGGUCAAGAAGAACAGCCUGCAGAUCAUCUCGCUCACACUCGCGCCGCGCUUUGAUCAGUCAAUGAGUCGUAUGAUCGACAUAAUGGAGAGCAAGUACACGGAAGGGCUCAAGAAGGCACACGAGGAUGCUGCCGCCGCUGUCGAGCGAGACCGAGCUGCGAGUGCGGCUGCGGCUGCUGCGUCCGAGGCCAAGCUCGCGCAAAUGCAGACCGCAAUGGAGGACAUGUCGGCGACGCUGGACAAGACGACGGCCCUCUUGACGGCCCUGGUAACGAAGCUCGAAGGGCUCGAAGUGCAGAAUCGCAGCCUUCAGCAGACGGUCGCCGAGCUCACAAAGAAGAAUCGCGCCGCCCCUCCUGCUCCCGCGCUCAGCCCGCCAACCAGUGCCGCUACUUGGGGAACGGCACUCGGCCCUGCUGGUAGCGCCGCUUCGUGGAGUCAGGUCACGACGCCCCUCUCCGCGCCGACCGCGGCCCCUAUCCACUCCCCCCCAUCCGCACCCCUCCGCACACCAACGGGGUAUCGCGAGGCGCAGGGAGCAGCCACGCCAGGAGGACGAUGGGUGCCGCUGGAGCCUUUCUCGCCAGGAGCCGCCACGGCUUCAGCAGCUCCUCCCGCCUCCGCGCCCGCGCCCGCGCCCACGAGCCCUCUCCGCUUCUUGCCUUCCACGCUCAGCGCGGCGCCCGCGCCACUCUCCUUCUCGUCCCUACCCGCCCAGCAGCCCCAGCCCAAAGCUCAAGCCUCGUCGCCGCCGCUCCCCAACGUAGAAGACGAGCUCCUCUCCACUCUCAUGCCCCGCGAGGGGAGUGUCGACUUACUGCCCGUGCUAGCCCGCCUGCAAGACGCUUACGGGUCCGCAGCUACCGCGCUGGAGGAGGGUGCGACUCGUGACUCCCUGGCCAUGGAAGCAAGGCUACGCGUCUCCCAAGCAGUACUCCUCGCCCUGCUCCACCGUCUCGGCGACCUCCUCGCAACCCCCGCGGGCGGCUCUCCCGCACAGGUCGAGCUACAGGCCCUCUGGGCAGAAGCAGCUGCUGCUCGCCUGGACCGCAACGAUGCGACCAUCGCGCAGGCCUUCAAGGCCGUAGUUGGGCAGGUGAGGCGCAACUUUGAGAUGGGGUGGAACAGGCGUGGCGCCGUUGCUGGAACGGGUGGGAUCAGCUGGUGGACGCAGGUGAGGUUUGAGGAGAGGCUGAGGCGCUUCUUGCUCGAGUAAGCCGCGUAGCCGUCAUGUUUCACGCAGUCGAGCGUCUUUUUCCCAUCCGCGCAUCGUCACACCACCAUCCGACCGCUCACUAGCAUCUUGAUUCAUCAUCACCAUUGUCACUCGCGUCACUCGCGUCACUCAAUCAUCAUACCUUUCCAUCU